GAACGCCGUACGGUCAUGUGAUCCCAGUUUCCCCCCCCCCCUCUCUCUUUUUUUCUUCCUUCGAAGUUGAAAGGCAGGAGCCGAGCGGCGGAAGGGAGCCACCACCACUUUACUGCCUUCCUCUCACUGGUCGCGGAUGCAACGACUUCGUCACUUUUGAGGAGCCACAUUGUCCAUUUUUUUUUCCUCCCCCCCCCCCUUCAUCACGAUGGCGGGGGCAAUUAUCGAGAACAUGAGCACCAAAAAGUUGGUGAUAGUGGGAGUUAUACUGCUUUUGUUCCAGGCGUUCGCUUUCAUGGUCGGUGGGUUAAUUGCUCCUAGCCCCACCUCGGCAGUCCACUAUCUGGCUACCAAAUGUGUGGACACUGUCAAGCACCGCCAGGAAACAAAGUGGUUCAUGCCUUGGGGUCCCAACCAAUGUGACAAGAUCCGGACCUUUGAUGAGGCCAUGGCCAAGAGGAUUGAGGCCAACAACAUUGUGUUUGCUGUCCACAUUCCUCUGCCUAACAAGGAGAUGAGCCCCUGGUUCCAGUUCAUGCUGGUUAUCUUGCAGUUUGACAUCGCGUUCAAGAUGUACAACCAGAUAGAGGAUGGAGCAAUGGUCACUGUUGACGUGGGCCUGGCCUACAGAGACGAUACAGUCAGUGAGUGGACCGAGAUGGCUCACUCUUUUGAAAAACGGAAGCUCAACUGCAACUUCACCACUUCAAAGACUUUUGAAAAUGAGGGUCGUUACUAUGAAUGUGACCUGUUGCCCUUCAUGGAGGUCGGUAGUGUGGCUCAUAAGUACUAUCUCCUCAACAUCCGUCUGCCCGUCAAUGAGCGCAAGAAGAUCAACGUGGGCAUUGGAGAAAUAAAGGAUAUUCGCUUGGUUGGUAUCCACCAAAAUGGAGGUUUCACUAAGGUUUGGUUUGCCAUGAAGACCUUCCUGACACCCAGCAUCCUCAUCAUCAUGAUCUGGUACUGGAGGCGCAUCAGGCUUAUGACCAGACCCCCUGUGCUGCUGGAGAAAGUGAUCUUUGCUCUGGGGAUCUCCAUGACGUUCAUCAACAUCCCAGUGGAGUGGUUCUCAAUUGGCUUCAACUGGACCUGGAUGUUGCUUUUUGGAGACAUCCGACAAGGCAUUUUCUAUUCCAUGUUGCUUUCCUUCUGGAUCAUCUUCUGCGGGGAGCACCUCAUGGACCAGACGGAGAGGAAUCGUUUCUCAGUGUAUUGGAAGCAAGUUGGGCCCAUCGUGUUUGGGUCUUUCUGUCUCUUUAUCUUUGACAUGUGUGAGAGAGGUGUCCAGUUGACAAACCCCUUCUAUAGCAUCUGGGCAUCUGAUGUUGGGACUGAGCUGGCUAUGGCUUUCAUUAUAGUGGCAGGGAUUUGCGCCUGCCUCUACUUUCUCUUCCUCUGUUUCAUGGUUUUCCAAGUCUUCCGCAACAUAAGUGGUAAGAGGACUUCACUUCCUGCCAUGUCCAAGGCCAGACGCCUGCACUAUGAGGGUUUGAUUUUUAGGUUCAAAUUUCUCAUGUUGGUCACUUUGGCCUGUGCUGCCAUGACCGUCAUCUUCUUCAUCAUCAGUCAGGUGAAUGAGGGUCACUGGCACUGGGGGGAACACACCGUGCAGGUGAACAGCGCCUUCUUCACAGGCAUCUACGGAAUGUGGAACCUGUACGUAUUCGCCAUCAUGUUCUUGUAUGCCCCCUCUCACAAGCGAUACGGAGAUGACCAGUCAAGUGGACAGUGCAUCACUGGAGAUACUGCGGCAAACAGCGGGGAGGACAUCCAACUGACUACAACCAUCACUCAUGUCGACGGUCCCACUGAGAUCUACAAGAUGACUGGAAAAGAGGCACAAGAGUAGACCCCGCACUGUUAUUGACACAUGCCCUUUAUUACCUACUGUUCCAAAUACCCCCUUUCCCACUUACAUUCUGUACAUAAGUUACAAGCAUUUCUCUUUAUACUGUAUACUGCCAGGCUGAUAGAGCAGUGGCAGUCCACCUUUGCAUGAACCUUCCAACCUCCAGCUGCGGUAUCUUUCAAACCAUCGACAAUACUCACAAAAAGUUAAGGAUACUAACAUUUUGUAAGUAGUGUAUUUCACACCAAUGUCUCUGUUGUUUUCCCAAAAUUCUGAAUACUCUAGUCAUUUUCAUUUCAUGAUGGAUACAUUUCAUACACUUUUUGUACAAUUGUUUUUACAUGUUGCACAACACUUUUGACACCAAGUCGGGUACUUGAAAGCUGCUUCACAGACAAAUGUAUUAGUUCAAAAUGUUACAUUUAUCCUGUUUGGCACUACAGUUUAACUGUUUAAGACCUGAGCUUUUGAUGGGAAAGGACAGCGUGAUUUAUUUUUUAUGAAUGCCUUGCUGUCAUUAGGUUUAAUUUUCUAUCCUGUAAUAUUCAUAGUGAAGGCAAUAGAACCUGUCACUAAUCUCUUCCAUAGAAAGUACACGUGACACACAUAAUUGUGAUUUUCUGUUUGUUUUUGUUUUGUUUAAUCAUGGGGUAAUGUACAGACCACAUAGCCUAUUUUUGUUUUUCUGACUUCAAAACAAUGUAUCAAACUCUGCCAUGUUAAGAGUGUAGAAGUUGCCAGUAGUCUAUUAAAUGUAAUGUUUUUGUUAUUUGCUUUUUAUUGUAAUUUAAAUAAAGUACUUAACUAUU